AUGGUGAAGAUUCCUCGGGUAACUGUUCGGACGAGUUUCCUGGCCUGGGCUGCCAUCACCUUGGCGUUUGCCUGGACAGGCCCUUUACCUUGGCGGAUUCUUCCAGGCCAUGUUGAUGGAGUCUCCGAGCCUCCUCCGGUGGAGUUCGAUCGGAACCGGGAUCCCUUCAUAGAUGCCGUGGCGGGCACCAUCUGUGCCUGCAUCGCGUUCAGCCUCCUUUGGUUGAAUGAGGGCCAUGCGGUUAGGAUAGAGCAGCUGCUUGAUUUGGUGCGGCGUCGUGUCAUCGAGAUCGGGCCUACUGCUGUCCCCGGAAACCAGAGGCAGCUCGUAUUUCUGCAUGGGGACGCGACAUCAGCGGACCAGUUGGUGCUGCCAGAAUGGGCGAACAUCUCCGCCCCUGCCAACUCUGCCAAGCUCAGAGCGCAAGCCUUGAUGUACCAGUGGGAGCGGCAUGUGAUAGACGAAAACAAGACGAUUUACAAGAAAGUUUGGAAGAACCACCGGAUCAACUCGGACCGGUUUCAACAUUCUGGACAUGACAACCCCGUCUUCCCAGUCGCUCCGACGUGCAUGAAGUUGGCGAAGGUGGCCGUGGGAGACUUUGUCCUGUCCAAGAAGAUGUUGCUUGGGAUGCAAGAACCUUCUAAACCCUAA